AUGCAACUUGGCUUUGUGAGGUGGCAGGUGGAGAAGGCGGAGAGGAGAGACAAGGAAUUGGAUGAGAGGGAGAGGGAGGAUGAGAGGAGGGAGAAGGAGGAUGAGAGGAGGGAGAAGGAGGAUGAGAGGAGGGAGGAGGAGGAUGAGAGGAGGGGGAAGGAGGAGAGGGAGGAGGAGGCUAGAGCGAUUUUCGACAAGGAAGGGAAGUAA